AUCAAGAUGAUUUAGCAUGUAUAAAUAUGCAUGCAUGCUUGCUUACAUAUAUUCAUAUUUGAGAUUGCACAGCUGAAUUUUCAUCCUGUUCAAUUCAUUUCCAAGAUAAUUUGUGUUCUGAAGAUCACAUUAACAUGGCUUCCGAUUUCAAUCUAUCCCCUUCUGAUGCACAUCCCGAGACAAUGGAUUUCCUUUCACUUGCAUGGUGUAACUUUGCUGUACAAGCUCUGCAGCCUGAGCCACAACAUGGAUCAGUUGUUCUUGUUGAGAACCCUAUGAAGCAAUUGGAGCCUGGUAGCCCCAAGGCUCAUCCUACGAUGGAAAAGAGUGCUAGAAUGGAUGAUGCAGAUUUCAGGUCUCUGCCAGCAUGGAAAUCUAACGAUGUGAAGUCGUGGAUAUGGAUGCAGCAAGCCAUGCAUCCUGAAUUGAAUUACAACAGUUGUUUCCGAAAGAAAUGGAUGCCAUGGAAGCAGAUCAUACCACUGAAAAGCGUCUCAAUAAAGAAAUGGUUUAAGGAAAUAAAGUUGAGGAAGAAAGAAGAGCAGAGAUUGCAAAGAGCAGAUGUGCAUGCAGCAAUAUCCGUUGCAGGGGUUGCAGCUGCUCUUGCUGCCAUUGCUGCAGAAAAUUCAAAAAAGGGGUCCAAUGAAGAAAGAGAUGCAGCAGUAGCCUCUGCUACUGCCUUGGUAGCUGCUCAGUGUGCAAAAGUAGCUGAAGCAAUGGGUGCAAAGAAAGAGCAACUUGGAAGUGUAAUUGGCUCAGCAAUAAGUGGCACAAGUGCAACUGACAUCCUAACUCUCACUGCCGCAGCAUCAACAUCAUUAAAAGGAGCAGCUACACUUAAAGUAAGAUCGGGAUGCAAGAACAGAUUGAAUGGGGGAGCCCUCGUCUUGCCCAUUGAAGACAACAAUGAUUUAGAUUUUGACUUUGAAAAAGGCAGAUCCAUUCUUGCACAAGGUGCUGAGUUAUAUGUGGAAACACCAGAAGGGAAGUACAUGCCGAGAUCAGUGUCUGUCAUCCUAACCAGUGAGGCCAAGGUUGUACUCAUGAUGAGGAAGCAUAAUCUAUUUAAAAGCAAGAAGGAGAGUAUAAUACUGAAUCUGCAUGCGGAGCUGUAUAAAGGUUCAGAAGCUGAGGAUGCUGAUACUUGUUAUCUGAUUGUUUUAACAACAAGAGGAGGCAAUUUCAAGCUAGACAUGGCCGAUGAUUUCCGUCGAUACAAGACAUGGGCCACAACCAUCAAUCACAUGCUGAGGAUUUCCACUUCUUUUGCAAAAUAUGAACUACAAUUUUACUGAAAUUUAUGUUAAAAGCUUUUACCUUUCUGUAUCCAUUUGCAUCUUCGUACCUUAAUAUAUUUGUAACAAUUACAUAAUAUCGUCCCUGCUAUUAAAUUCAAAACUAUAUGUAAUCUAUCUUCCAGCGAAAUAAAAUAAUUCGUGUAUAUGCCAUGUUACUAGGCUAGUAGUAGGCCACAC